AUGUCGAAGGAAUUAUUGGAAUCUAAUUUGAGUACAAUAUUUUCAACACUUCGAAAUACAGAGCAAUAUUGGCGUAAACCAAGAAGUGAUUUAAAUUGUAUGACGCAACAUUAUGGACCUGCGACAUGGUUUUUAACCCUAAGUCCGAGUGAAUGGUUAUGGGAAGAUUUAGGUGAAUAUAUUCGUGAAGUAAAUGGAUGGCAUGACGUUUCUUUAUCCGUUAGUGUACUUGUUGCAAGAGAUCCUGUAUCAACAUCUAGGUUUCUCGAUAAUAAAUUUCGAGCAAUGCUUGAUUUUAUUACCUCUGAGGAUCAUCCAAUUGGAGAAGUAAUGCAUUACUUCUGGCGACGAGAAUAUCAAGGUAGAGGUAUACAACAUUUUCACUUAUUAAUUUGGAUUAAAAAUGCACCGAUUUUCGGGGAAUCUGUUAUUGAAGAAGUGUCUAAAUUUAUUUUACAACAUAUAAGCUGUAAAGUGCCGGAUCAAAAUAUUUCUCCUUUAUUGUACAGGCGUGUUACUACGCAUCAGCAACAUGUACAUAAUGAUUAUUGUCUUCGCUCUAAAAAAAUAGGACGAAAAGUUAUUCGUCGAUGUCGUUUUGGAUUUCCUCGCCCUGUUACUGAAACUUUGAAUGUGAGAGAUGUAGCAACUUCGAUAGCAGGAAGAAAACAAUUGAAACAUAAAAGUAGACUUUAUGAUCUUCCUCGAAUGGAUAAUGAAGUUAAUAUAAAUGACUAUAAUCCUAUUCUUCUUACUGCAUGGGAAGGUAAUAUGGAUAUUCAAUUUAUUGGUGAAAAAUCAUCGCUGCUUACCUGGUACAUUACUAAAUAUAUGAAUAAAGCAGGAAAAAGUGAAUUAUCUGAGCUUAUUCUUAAUAGUAAGAAUAAUAAACACAAAUCAUUAGCUUCUUAUCUUUGGAAUAUUGCUUUGCGAUUUACGAAUAAUAGAGAAUGUGGAGCUCUCGAAGCUGCUGAUGCAUUAUUAAGUAUUCCUUUGUAUGGAACUGAUCAAAAUACAACUAUCAGAUGGCUAGAUGUUAACCCAAUUAGAUAUAGGAAAUUAAAAAAUCGCAAAGAAGUUGAAGCUAUGGAUGCUGAAUCUACAAAUAUAUUUUAUCCAUCUUUGAUAGAUGAUCAUUAUCCACAUAGACCAAAUGAAUUAGAAAAUAUGUCUCUUUAUGAAUUUGCACAGUGGUAUGAUAUCUCGAAAAUAAAACCGAAAUCUAAAAAUAUUAAAUAUUAUAAAAUAGAUAAUGGUUAUUACCUUAAACAGCGACAGCGUGGAUAUCUUAUUAAUCAUUAUAAAUAUAGUGUUAAUACACAACCAGAAAACUAUUUCUUUUCAUUAUUGCUUAUGUUUAAACCAUGGCGAAAAUUAGAGGAUCUCAGAUGUGAAUGCGAUACUUACGCUGAAGCGUUUCAUAAAAUAAAACUGCAUCUUGUACAAGCAUUACAAUAUCAUGAAAGAUUAGAAGAAUUGCAAAAAGCUUUUGAAACUGCAAAACAAUUAGUUCAGCAAUGUCAAGAUGAUGAUUUACAAAACCAGCAGUCUCAGGAUAAUCCUGAUAAUCCAAUAGGUGUUCAAAAUGUAGAAGCUGGUGAGGCAAUGCAAAAUUUUAAAGAUCUUCGUGAUAAAGUAAUUCGAGAAACCCAUAUAUCUGAGAUGAUAGAAAAAUUAAAUACUGAUCAAAAACGAGUUUUUAAUAAAGUUAUCAAUAUUAUAAAAUCAGAUGAAUCAGUAUUACGAUUAUAUGUUAGCGGAGAAGGUGGUACUGGAAAAAGUUUCUUAAUCAAGACUAUUAAGUGCUGGAUAAAGCAAAAUAUGAAUAAAGAUACUGCUGUAGCAGCACCUACUGGUAUUGCAGCGUUUAAUAUAAAUGGUUUAACAGUUCAUAGAUUACUUCAAUUACCCGUUGAACAUGGUCAUACUCCUAAGUAUAAACCACUAUCUGAUCAUGUAUUGAAAGUUUUACGAGCAGAUCUUAAAAAUGUUAUUCUUUUUAUAAUUGAUGAAGUGUCAAUGAUAUCUAAUUUGACUUUAAUGUAUAUACAUCUUCGAUUAUCUGAAAUAUUUGACACUAAUGAUUGCGACGAUGGUUGGUUUGGUCGGAAGCAUAUUCUUUUAUUUGGAGAUUUACUUCAAUUACCUCCUGUACGAGAAGAUCCUAUCUUUAUACAUUUAUCAAAUGAAAAAGUUGCUAAAUAUCUUGGUUCUUUAAAUGCUGUUAAUUUAUGGAUUACGUUAUUUGAUUACGAGGAAUUAAUAAUCAAUAUGCGUCAGCAAGGAGACAACUGUUAUCGUGAAUUAUUAUCAAAAAUUCGUAUUGGUUUAUUGACAAAAUCUGAUUGUAAGAUUCUUGAAAAACAGAUGGGUUUUCGAAACAAAUUACAAUUAAAAUUGGAGUUAAAGUUAUGA